AUGGUUGCUUUUCUAUCCGUUCUUUUCGUUGCCGCUGGCUUCCUGAGUAUGAGUCUGGCAGUGGAAGCGGCCGGCAGUGAUACAAACUCUCAGGAGAUUGAUUGUUUUCGGCGUACGGCUAUAAAUCGCAAAGAGGAUUGUGAACUUGCAAUUUCUAAGAUUCAAUACCAGCGCGACAAUACCCUUGAUACCGCUUCAAAGCACUUCGGAUGGGCUUCCGGAAACUGUUCUGUAAUCGUCCUUAAUCCAGAUGGUGCGACAACCACCAAAGAGCAAAUUCACAAGGGCUUCAACCAGAUCCUUGACCAAUGCAAACCACACGGUGGUGAAGGUAACCCCACAAGUAGUGAUGGAAUAUUCUUGCACAUCGGUACCCGGUCCAACGCCUCGUACGCGCCCUACGAGAGUGACUUUCCAUUCCUUUACCCAACAUGUGGAAUAAAUAAGAAUGCACCUGAUAUUCGAGUCGAAGAUUGCAAAAGGGCCUACAAUGAUAUUACUCUCGAUGGUAGUGGAGUUUUUCCAAGCCAAGGCAACCAACAGGCUCCCUCAGUUACAAACACCUAUCAAUCAUGCACUGUCAUGAUUUACACGUCGGAUGACUCGACACUUCUCGCGACAAAAGGGAAUCUUAAUGACAUAUUCGGGAAGAUGCUUGGACGGUGUAACGGCAAGUCUGGCGUUGUCAGUGUCAAAGAAGGCGCACAGGGGCUGAACGGCAGAGUAUAUCUGAAAAUCAGAAGUAGCAUUCCGUGUGGCUUUGGCCCCGGGAAACAAGUGUGCCAUUGA